GGUCAGUCUAUUUGGCGCCCGAGGCGGCUCGCCAGUCGAGAAGCUGAGGUCGCGGUGGCGGGUAGUCGCUGGUGAGAGAGAGGUCACAGCCUGCCCCGAGGGCAUCCGGAACCAGGACAGAGGCGCAGCCAGGCCAGCGGAACAGAGACGGCCAGCAUGAUGGUUCUGGAACCGGAGCCCCGGCCACUGCAGUCGGUGUGGCCGCCCAAAGAUUACAGCCGACCCCAGCCGCCUUCAUUUUUCACUCGCAUUCCAGAGGCCGACAGGACAGUAGCGUGGCCGCCUAGAAGUGAGAGUGAUUCGAGAUCGUCGUCCUCGUGCAGCGGUCGCGGGGACCCCAUGCAGACGGUGGCCCUCAAACAGGAACUGCCAGUCAAUCAGGAGCAGGCGCCGGUAUACCCGACCCAGCCGGUGGUGACCGUUCUACCACGGGCCCGGGGUGACCUCAAGUGGCCCCCUGAGGACUGCCAGGCCGCCACCCCGCCCACCCCCGCCCGCAUACCAACCCCGAAACUCAGCAGGAAAAAUCAGCCGCAGGGUUUCCGUGGAAAGGAGCUCCCCAACAACUACACCGGUUACCGGGUGGCCCCCGGCGUUCUGCAUAUGUCGCCGGACGCGGCGCGAUACAUUGCCGACCGCGGCACCCAGUUCUGAGACACUCAGUUCUGAGGCACUCAGAGGUCUGAGACACUCAGUUCUGAGACACUCAGUUCUGAGACAUUCAAUUCUGAGACACUCAGUUCUGUGGAACUUAGGUCUGAGACACUCAGGUCUGAGAAAGGUCUGAGACAGGUCUGAUACAGGCCUGAGGCAGGUGUGAGGCAAGGUCUGAGACAUUCAGUUCUGAGACACUCAGUUCUGUGGAACUUAGGUCUGAGACACUCAGGUCUGAGAAAGGUCUGAGAUAGGUCUGAGACAAUCAGAGGUCUGAGAAACUCAGUUUUGAGGCCCUCCGAGGUCCCACCAGCGAUCGGAGACAACGCAGAGACGUCAUUGAUACAGCUACAAGGGCCGAAAGGAUUGAAGCACGUUCACAGUUAGAAAAUAGGUCUUCUGGUGGUAAACCAUAAAUGCGGAAGUUCCAAGAGAUAAGCUGAAUGAGUCAUAAUACAUCACCUCUGCAGGCCUGAGUGACGUGAAAAACGAAAUGACGUGAAAACGUUAAUAAUGUGUACGUAUGUGUAGUAGGUUGCCACCGUGACAGAAAAUAUUCGUGAGAUAAAUUCCUGUGCGCUAUAAGUGGUAGUUUGGCGUGAGCUCUGCGCUUCUUCACAAACCUGCUAAGUAAAUGGGUUUGUGACUGACGCUGUACUGAAGACUCAAAGAGCGACUGUUGUACUUUUGUUACUAAUGAGCGGUGUUCGUCUAUCAAUCAAACUCACAUGUAACGUGUAGGAUGUGUGAGAUGUGGCUGUGUCCAAUGUAAAGAACAAGGUGGAAGGAGUGAAGGAGAAAGAAGACAUAGGAGUAGACGUUUAUUUGGUCUUUGUAAAAUCAGUAAAUGUCAGAAAACCGCUGGGAGCUUGCUACGCUGACCUACCAUGCCAAUGCUCGAAGGUCAACUUCUUCAGGUAACCUAACUGCUUAUCUGGGCUUUAUUAAAGUUAUUUGAUUAGCUUAUGUGCUCAAUGUGUAAGUUUCCUUCGAGCAAGUUCUCUUUAUCAUUUUAUUUUACUUUUAUUUUUGUAUUUAUAUCUAUGAUUUCCUAACAUCAAGGGGAUAAUUCUGUUUUAUUUGUAGAAAAACGUGUCACCACAAAUCCUAUAGUAGAUUUAUUCGCAUGCUAUAUGUUCACUAGCUUAAGAAAUAAACUAAAGCUUCAGUAA